CAAGUUGACUCUCGAGUCACAAUAUUGAGAUAUCUUAUGAGCUCUAAACGAAUCAGCUCACGAGUUGAGAUUAUAAGCCACCAAAUUGAGUAAGUUUGUGAGCUUAACAAGCUGAACAAAAAUUAGGUCAAGCCCAAGUAAGUUCGAGUUUUUCCCGCCUCUCGUGCUCAUUUGCACAAAGUAUCCGUGCUGGGCCUAAACUAAGCAGACGGACAAUUCUAGCCCAUUACACAGAGAGAAGUAUCCCAGCCCGAGAAACUUGCUAGGGUUUUAGGAGUCGCAUUUAUAUUUUUAUCUCCAACGCCGCACCAUUCCCUUUCUUGCUUCUUCACUGCGAGUGCUAGAGUUGCCGUCUCUCGCCUCUCUUUACUGGUAAUGUCCUCCCUCCAUCCCGUGUAUUCAUUUCUUGGUCGCUUCUUUCGUUUGUUUAAGCUUGACGACUUGUGAUUAUUGAUACUCAGCCUGUUCAAUUGCUGGGAAAUUUUAGAUCUAUCUUCAAGCUCCGUUUUUAUUGUAUCGUGACGAUCAUUUUGUUCGCAGGUAGGGUUUUGUCUUUUGUUCCGCUUGAAACCUUUCAACCAUGAGUAAGCUUCAGAGUGAGGCUCUGAGAGAAGCCAUUAGUACCAUUAAGACUAAAGCUGAAGAGAAGCCACGCAAGUUUACGGAGACUGUUGAGCUCCAGAUUGGUUUGAAAAACUAUGACCCCCAAAAGGACAAGCGUUUCAGUGGAUCUGUUAAGUUGCCACACAUUCCUCGUCCUAAGAUGAAGGUCUGCAUGCUUGGAGAUGCCCAGCAUGUCGAAGAGGCAAAUAAAUUGAAUCUGGAGUCCAUGGAUGUUGAGAGCUUGAAGAAGCUGAACAAAAACAAGAAGUUGGUUAAGAAGCUGGCCAAGUCCUACCAUGCAUUUUUGGCCUCUGAGUCUGUCAUUAAGCAGAUCCCCCGUCUUCUGGGCCCUGGUCUCAACAAGGCAGGAAAGUUCCCUACUCUUGUGAGUCACCAAGAGUCACUGGAGGCUAAGGUGAAUGAGAUCAAGGCAACUGUCAAGUUUCAGUUGAAGAAGGUUCUGUGCAUGGGUGUUGCAGUUGGAAACCUCGGCAUGGAUGAGAAGCAGAUCUUUCAGAAUGUUCAGAUGAGUGUCAAUUUCUUGGUCUCCCUCCUCAAGAAAAACUGGCAGAAUGUUAAGGUCCUAAACUUGAAGACUACCAUGGGAAAGCCAGUAAGGAUCUUCUAAAGUGGGGUGGCUUACCUGAGGUCUUGUUUUGGAGUACUUUUGUAAGGUUGAAGUUUUAGCUUGUGACGCUGUGUUUCUUAUCUUCUGAGGGAUUGCCAGAUACUAUUACUGUUAAUUCAGAAAAUUUUGUUGGUUUGACCUUUUAUCCUGUUAAGAACCAUGUUAGAUUUUGUUGCAUAGUGGAGUUUGAUUUUGUGGUGUUUGGUUUAUGUUUUUCAUUUGAACCCGAGUGCAUUCCUUUGAUAUCUGGUCUGGUGGUUGGGGCCGGUGAGGCGUUUUGGUUUGGCCAAUUAAACCAACUAUUCGACCAAGUCAAUUGAAUCUAUCAUUCAUCGAACACUAACAUGAAAGUCAGAUUGAAUGUUUUGUUGAUUCAGCUUUGGUUCCUAUAUGCUUAUUUUCGAACUGGUUUCUUAAUUGAUUGUGGUGCUGGUAAGUUGUUUUUUAGUAGUCGAUUUACUCGGAUGAUUUACUCACUUGGCUAAUCUCUAAUGUAUCCCACAAGAUGAAUAUAUUAUUUGAUAUGAAGUCACUUAUCAUUGCAUUACUCGAGAAUAACUGUGUUUAUUUUCAAUAUUAUUAUAAGAAAUCUUUCGCUUUGCC